AUGUUUAAGAAAGAUAUCCCAUCGAGCAACCGCUCCAAGGUCAAGUCCUCCGUGCAGCGAGGUCUGCGCCAAAAGCUGCUGGAGACAUACCCCGGAUUCGAGCCAUAUAUCGAGGAAAUCCUCCCCAAGAAAGCAUCUCUUGAGGCCGUCAAACUUCCAGACCGCGUUACCCUCUACACAAUAGAUUCCACUCCCCUCUUCUUCCAACCCUUCGACGGUCCCCCAAUUCCCCAUCUCCGUCUCGUUCACGCUUUCCCAUCCGCUCUCCCAACCAUCCAAAUCGACCGUGGCGCCAUCCGUUUCGUUCUUUCCGGCGCGGCACUCAUGGCACCGGGUUUGACAUCUCCUGGUGGCCGGUUACCCGAUGCGGAGAAUGCGUUGGAGGCUGGACAGGUUGUUGCUAUUAAGGCCGAGGGCAAGGAGGAAGUUUGUCUUGUUGGUGCUUUGAAGGUUGGAACAGAGGAGAUGAAGAGUAAGGGCAAGGGUGUUGUUAUGGAUGAGGGUCAUUAUCUUGGAGAUGGACUUUGGAAGAUGCAGUUGGAUUAG